UGGAAAUAGUAGUAAAAGCCAUCACAACAACAGAAUUCAAGUAUUGAACUAAGUCCUCUGUAUCUCUCUACCUUCUCUCUCCCAAUCAAACCUUCGAGUCAACUCAACACAACCCACAAUUUCAAUCAAAACUAUCUUCAAUGGGAUCCAGAUUUGGGUUUCUCAUUCUUCUUCCCAUGUUCUUCUUCAUCAUGUUAUUGUUGUUUUUCUCACUUCCUUUCACAGUGGAAUCCAAGUGCACAGAGGGUUGUCCACUGGCUCUAGCCUCCUACUUCCUAUGGCGAGGCUCAAACCUCACCUACGUUUCACAGAUCAUGGCGUCGAACGUUCUGACGAGACCCGAAGACAUAGUCAGUUACAACAAAGACACGGUUCCAAACAAAGACAGUAUCCAAGCCUUGUCGAGAGUCAACGUUCCCUUCCCAUGCGACUGCAUAAACGGCGAGUUUCUGGGUUACACGUUUAAGUACGAUGUUCAGACAGGGGACACGUACGAGACUGUUGCGGGGACCAACUACGCGAACCUCACCAACGUUGCGUGGUUGAGGAGGUUCAACAGUUAUCCACCAAAUAACAUUCCCGACACUGGAACGCUCAACGUUACUGUUAAUUGUUCUUGUGGGAUGAGUGAGGUUUCGAAUUAUGGGUUGUUCAUUACGUACCCUCUUAGGCCCGGGGAGACUUUAGGGACCGUGGCUUCUUCUGUGGGGCUUGAUUCGGCGUUGCUGCAGAGCUACAAUCCUAGUGUCAAUUUCAAUCAAGGGAGUGGCCUCGUUUUCAUUCCGGGGAAAGAUCAAAAUGGUAGCUAUGUGUUUUUAUCAUCCAGUUCAGGAGGUCUUGCUGGUGGGGCUGUUGCAGGAAUAGCUGUUGGAGUUGUGGUAGGCCUUUUGUUCUUGGGAGUUUGUAUAUAUGUUGGAUAUUUCCGGAAAAAGAAGAUACAAAAGGAGGAACUUCUUCCACAAGAGUCCAGUGCACUUUUUGCUCAAAAUGGGAAGGAUGAAACUUCUCGUAGUUCUGGAAAUGAAACUGCAGGAGCUGGUGGUCCUGCUGCUAUGACAGGCAUAGCAGUGGAAAAAUCAUUGGAGUUCUCAUAUGAAGAACUGGCAACUGCCACAAAUAACUUUAAUAUGGCUAAUAAAAUUGGUCAAGGUGGUUUUGGCGCUGUCUAUUAUGCAGAGCUGAGAGGAGAGAAAGCUGCAAUCAAGAAGAUGGAUAUGCAAGCAUCUAAAGAAUUUCUUGCCGAAUUGAAAGUCUUGACACGUGUUCAUCAUCUUAACCUGGUGCGCUUGAUCGGAUAUAGUAUUGAGGGUUCUCUUUUCCUUGUCUAUGAAUACAUUGAGAAUGGAAACUUAAGUCAACAUCUACGUGGUUCAGGUAGAGAUCCACUGCCAUGGGCUACUCGGGUGCAGAUUGCUUUGGAUUCUGCCAGAGGUCUUGAAUAUAUUCAUGAGCAUACAGUGCCUGUAUAUAUUCAUCGUGACAUAAAGUCAGCAAAUAUAUUGAUAGACAGAAACUUCCGGGGAAAGGUUGCAGAUUUUGGAUUGACCAAACUCACAGAAGUUGGAAGCUCGUCACUUCCCACCGGUCGUCUUGUUGGAACAUUUGGAUACAUGCCACCAGAGUAUGCUCAAUAUGGAGAUGUUUCUCCCAAAGUUGAUGUGUAUGCUUUUGGAGUUGUUCUUUAUGAACUUAUUUCAGCUAAGGAAGCAAUUGUCAAGACAAGUGAAUCUGAUGCUGACUCAAAGGGGCUCGUAGCUUUGUUUGAAGGAGUUCUCAGUCAGCCUGAUCCCACAGAAGGCCUUUGCAAACUAGUGGAUCCGAGGCUUGGUGAUAAUUACCCUAUUGAUUCAGUACGCAAGAUGGCACAACUGGCCAAAGCAUGUACACAGGACAAUCCUCAACUGCGUCCAAGUAUGAGAUCCAUUGUGGUCGCUCUUAUGACAUUGUCUUCAACUACUGAUGACUGGGAUGUUGGAUCCUUCUACGAAAAUCAAAAUCUUGUGAAUCUUAUGUCAGGAAGAUAGGAUGAUAAUGAAAGAAUUAUUUCGCAUUCACAAAUAUACGUUUUGGACCAAUUUCAGGGAACACAGCAAUUGUUGAAGCAAAUUAUGUGUAAAAUGGAUGUAGCAAUGACGGAUUUGUACAUUUUACUAGUCAGGAAUCACUAGAAAGGGAGGAGAGUUAACAUUUUUAUGAUAAUUCACAACCACUGUACACAGUAUGCUACUGUUUGAGAGAUGCAUCUUUUUCUUCCCAGGUAUAUAUAUUCUUGUAAGUUUGUAUAAUAAGCUCUAUUCCAGGCCUCUUCG